GUGAGAAAGGCGAGCCACCAAAACCCAUCUCCAGUCUCCUCCCGGGGCCCCCAGCCCGCCACUGUGCCACUUUGCAUCCCACGCCAGAGGAGACAUUAAGGAGACCCGGUAAGGUUUUUUAAUCAGUCCACGGUAUAAAGACAUACUUCAGGAGGAUCCUGAGACAUCUUGGACAAGCCUCCCCACAUGUGGCAGGUGCUGUGCUGGCCUCUGGUGACCCAAAGGUGAUGACAAAUAUGUUCCUGCCCACAAGGAGCUAGUGAUCUACUGGGCAUUGCUUUUGCUGAUGACACGAUUCCUGUUUGAAUCUGUUUACAAGAUUCUGAAAGCUGAACAGAGAAUUUUGGUACUGCACUGGGCAGGAAAAAGGAUGUCUUCCAAGCGACCAGCCUCUCCGUAUGGGGAAGCAGAUGGAGAGGUAGCCAUGGUGACAAGCAGACAGAAAGUGGAAGAAGAGGAGAGUGACGGGCUCCCAGCCUUUCACCUUCCCUUGCAUGUGAGUUUUCCCAACAAGCCUCACUCUGAGGAACUUCAGCCAGUUUCUCUGCUGACGCAAGAGACUUGUGGCCAUAGGACUCCCACUUCUCAGCACAGUACAAUGGAAGUCGAUGGCAAUAAAGUUAUGUCUUCAUUUGCCCCACACAACUCAUCUACCUCACCUCAGAAGGCAGACGAAGGUGGGCGGCAGAGUGGCGAGUCCUUGUCGAGCACGGCCCUGGGGACGCCCGAGCGGCGCAAAGGCAGCCUGGCCGACGUGGUUGACACCUUGAAGCAGAGGAAAAUGGAAGAGCUCAUCAAAAACGAGCCAGAAGAAACCCCCAGUAUUGAAAAGCUACUAUCAAAGGACUGGAAAGACAAGCUUCUUGCAAUGGGAUCAGGGAACUUUGGUGAAAUAAAAGGGACUCCGGAAAGCCUAGCUGAGAAGGAGAGGCAGCUCGUGGGCAUGAUCAACCAGCUGACCAGCCUGCGAGAGCAGUUGCUGGCUGCCCAUGACGAGCAGAAGAAACUGGCCGCAUCUCAGAUUGAGAAGCAGCGCCAGCAAAUGGAGCUGGCCAAGCAGCAACAAGAACAGAUUGCCAGACAACAGCAGCAACUUCUGCAGCAACAACACAAAAUCAAUUUGCUUCAGCAACAGAUCCAGGUUCAAGGUCAACUACCGCCAUUAAUGAUUCCCGUGUUCCCUCCUGAUCAGCGGACACUGGCCGCAGCUGCGCAGCAAGGAUUCCUCCUUCCUCCAGGCUUCAGCUACAAGGCUGGAUGUAGUGACCCUUACCCUGUUCAGCUGAUCCCAACUACCAUGGCAGCUGCUGCCGCAGCAACACCAGGCUUAGGCCCACUCCAACUGCAGCAGUUAUAUGCUGCCCAGCUCGCUGCAAUGCAGGUGUCCCCAGGAGGGAAGCUCCCAGGCAUACCCCAAGGCAACCUUGGUGCUGCUGUAUCUCCUACCAGCAUUCACACAGACAAGAGCACAAACAGCCCGCCACCCAAAAGCAAGGAUGAAGUGGCACAGCCACUGAACCUCUCAGCUAAACCCAAGACCUCUGAUGGCAAAUCACCCACAUCACCCACCUCUCCCCAUAUGCCAGCUCUGAGAAUAAACAGUGGGGCAGGCCCCCUCAAAGCCUCUGUCCCAGCAGCAUUAGCUAGUCCUUCAGCCAGAGUUAGCACAAUAGGUUAUUUAAAUGACCAUGAUGCUGUCACCAAGGCAAUCCAAGAAGCGCGGCAGAUGAAGGAGCAGCUUCGGCGGGAACAACAGGUGCUGGACGGGAAGGUGGCUGUUGUGAACAGUCUAGGUCUCAAUAACUGCCGGGCGGAAAAGGAGAAAACAACACUGGAGAGUCUGACUCAGCAACUGGCAGUUAAACAGAAUGAAGAAGGAAAAUUUAGCCAUGCCAUGAUGGAUUUCAAUAUGAGUGGAGAUUCUGAUGGAAGUGCUGGAGUCUCAGAAUCAAGAAUUUAUAGAGAAUCCAGGGGGCGUGGUAGCAAUGAACCCCACAUAAAGCGUCCAAUGAAUGCCUUCAUGGUGUGGGCUAAAGAUGAACGAAGGAAAAUCCUUCAAGCCUUUCCUGACAUGCACAACUCCAACAUCAGCAAGAUAUUGGGGUCUCGCUGGAAAGCGAUGACAAACCUAGAGAAACAGCCGUAUUACGAGGAGCAGGCCCGCCUCAGCAAGCAGCACCUGGAGAAGUACCCCGACUACAAGUACAAGCCCAGGCCGAAGCGCACCUGCCUCGUGGACGGCAAGAAGCUGCGCAUCGGGGAGUACAAGGCCAUCAUGCGGAACAGGCGGCAGGAGAUGCGGCAGUACUUCAACGUUGGGCAACAAGCACAGAUUCCCAUCGCUACUGCUGGCGUAGUGUACCCCGGAGCCAUCACCAUGGCCGGAAUGCCCUCGCCUCACCUGCCCUCAGAGCACUCGAGCGUGUCCAGCAGCCCGGAGCCUGGCAUGCCCGUCAUCCAGAGCACUUACGGCGUGAAAGGAGAGGAGCCACAUAUCAAAGAAGAGAUGCAGGCUGAGGACAUCAACGGAGAAAUUUAUGAUGAAUACGAUGAGGAAGAGGAUGAUCCAGAUGUAGAUUAUGGGAGUGACAGUGAAAACCAUAUUGCAGGACAAGCCAACUGAUAAGGAUCAAAAGAUUGUUGUGACCUUAGGACUUAAAGAAGCCCUAGCUGGUUCAUCCUUACCAGUGGCCAAGCACAUUAACUUUCUCAUACACUGACUGUUACUUUAACUGUUAGUCUUAAAUAGUUGGGACAUCAGCUGACUAAUAGACCUCAGCCUCAAAAGGCUUGGAAAGGAAAAAAAAAAAAAAAAAUCCAACAAGCAAACAACAAUAUCAACAACAAGAGAUUGAAAUAAGCUAUGGGUAAAAUAAUGCCAGUAAUUCAGCUGCUACAUCCAAGCACUGAAGUCUUACCCGUCAACUUUUUUUUUUUAAAUAAACUUUAUGGCUGUUUGUUCUACAAUGUUCUAGAAAUUCUCACUCAGGUACACAGUGCCAACAAGUGGCUUGUGAAUGUGUUUUGUUGUUUUGUGCUACAAUUUUUAAAAAGAAAUAAGUUUUGUUUUGUUUUGGGAGGUUUUCUGGGGGGUUUUCUUUUUGUUUUUUCUUUUUGUUUCUUUUCUGUUUUGUUUUGUUUUUUUGUAAUGCACCUGACAGAAAAAAAGAAAGAUGAAUUUCUCUUUACUUCUCUCCACCUUCUCCAUCUCUAUACUUUAAAGAUGGAAGUCUGUGCAUGGGGGCGAAGAGGGAAAAAGAGCCUGUUUUUAACUUCCUUGCUAUCCAUCACAAAAUAAGCGAUUAUUUUCUUUAGGGGACUUUAUCUAUUGCACACCACACUACAUCUUUGAGCAAGUGCCAAAUUUGUACUGAAGGGUUGACCCAGUUCAUUUCUUCCCUUUUCGUUGUCCUAUUCCUUCUUCAAUUAGGACAGUGUUAUAUCUCAGACAAUCCCUUGAAAAACCUGAAAUACCAGCAGCUGGUGUGAUUUGACUUUUUUUUUUUUUUUUUUUUUUAAUGGAAACUGUAGGUGCUGUUCUCAGGUGAAAAGAGAGAGAGAGAGACAUAAGAAAUUUAGAGAAAAAUAUUUUCUGAUCUUGGAUUUUUGUGUGUAUGUAUGUGUGUGAUUAUGGUACUAAUAGGAAUAACGUUGGACCAUUGUGAGUUAAACCCACACCUGGGGAUGAAAUCCCACAUCCUCCUAAGUGACUGGUCUGGAAGCAACCUUGACCUUGACUUUGCACUUCAAAUGACAACUUAACCAAUAUAGGGCUCAGAAAUUAUAUUUUUCAAUUUCUAAUAUGAUUAUUAUUGGAUGAAUCCGGUGGCCCUGUGUAAUAGAUGUGUGCAUGUAUAAUAUGGAAGCUACCAGCAAACUGCUCCCAGAUGUCCCUUCUCCUUGGUCAGUCGGUUUCACUAACUUUCUCUACGUAACGAUUUCUGUUUGUUUUUCCUGUUGAUACCUUCAAGCAAAACAAUGGUUGUUUUUCUUGACGAUAUUUGCCCAUUUUCCAGAAGUAGAGAAUUAGCUUCUUUCUUCAAAAUUCCACCCUUUCCUGAUGAGGACGUGGAAUUGAUGAAUUGCUAAGGUCUUUUUCAUUCUCUCCAUUACAUGAGGUGGAGGCCAUUUGCAUUUCAGAUUGUGGGCCACGUGCAUCUCACGCCAAAAAGCAGGAUUUGAUUAAAAGUCCUCACAGCCCAACACAGUGGAGCCUGACCGCACCCAGCGAUCCCUCCACCACCCCUCCCGCUGUCAGACGGACCACUGGAGUCCAAGUUGAGGUCCCAGCAGAGGACAUGCAUAGAGCAGCCACGGAUGGUGACGGGACUGCGUAUUGAAGUGUUGCCAGCCACGUGCUCAGGCAGUCACAGGGCUUGAACAAAUGCAAACUCAUUGGAAGUCCGUUGCCAUUAUUUGUGCAGAGGCACCAGACAGUGAAUCCUCCAACCAGUAGCUGGGAAGCGCUGUGUCUUUAACUUCAGUCAUCACUUUCCUCUCCCACCCGCC